UGCGAACAUACUGUGUAUGAGUAGAAAGCUCGUAUUACCCCGUGGUGGCUGGCUCAUAACCUCAUACCAUAACGCCAUCGGAUGAGGGAAUGAUAAUGAAAUAUGAUAAGAAGAAGAGCAUUACUAUCUAUUUACAAAGGUAUUCGAGGGCAAAAACAAGGUUGCAAUCCCCGCCCCCAAACUAUACAUACGUGCAUCCAUCUUCGUCUGAACUCGACCUCACAGUUUCCACUCUUCCCCUACCGAGCAUGUAGAUACGGAGUAAGUACUCAAAGUAUCUACCUCGUACAAAACCCAAACCUUACUGUGUACAGAUCAAAACGACACGAAGAGGUCCAUCAUCCGCAUUCCCCUAGCGCCAACCACCAACCACCUCCUUCUCUACCAUCCAAUCUCCAUCCGAAUCAAACACCCACGUGUGCGCUAAAUAUCCCAUCUCGUCUCCCACAAGUUACAACGGUCCGAUGCACUAGCACAAACAGUAAGAGAACACCUGACAACCCCAAUCUUUCUCAACCGCAUCUCGGUGGAGAUCUGAAAUCGUCUGUCCCCAUAUCUCCCUGUCUGCCUGUCUGGAUUCGUGCCAACGUGGCAGGGUAACUACCGUUAUUGGAAGGGCACAUGGAUUACCUCGUCGUAGCCUAAUUGCACCAUCUGCAACUACUGCUACGAGUUCUUCCUUCGUCCUUUCCUGGACCAAACUCUCUUGAGCAAAUCAAGUCUCCUUCUGAUCAUUUCCGUCUCGCCUCACUGCUGGACGACCUAUCCUGCUUCUUUUCUAAACUCUCAUACUGACUCUCUUCCCCCUAGUUCUGCCCCGGUGGCCUCACUGGUGCUUCCAAUUCAGCAGUGAUGUGCUGCUGGACAGGUCGAGGUUCUGGGCUGUGCAUCUCCACUGGUGCGUAUUGGUGCUGAGGCUUAUUAUCUGCUGGUCUAAAUCGC